UUGAAGCUCCCUUUAUCCCUGAGCUUGAGAGCGACAUAGAUGCCAGAUAUUUUGAAGAUCCAGAUGCAGUGUACACUUGCACAGGGGAGGUGUGCUACCCCCCAGGGUCCUCCUGGUCCAUCAAUGCCGAACCCAGACACAGUACUUCUGACAGCUACUACGACACUGACGAAGGUGACAGGUCCUGCACCAGAAGUUCCAAAGCCAGCAGUAGUGGUUUCUCUGAAGGGACCCAGGCAUCCGAUGCCUCCUCAGGCUUCCCUGGCAAACGGAGGCAGGGCUUGCUCCGGAAAGUUUUCAGAGAUCUGCUGUCACCUCCUGCACCACACCAGCCACACUCUCACAGCUGCCCACUUGUCGAGUACAUGCGCUCAGAAGAUGAAGGGUCCAACUCCAGCCUAAGCCUGAGCCAUGGGGACCUAUCUGUUGAUGAAGAUGCCACCCCUGUACCCUCCCCGACAAAAGU